GUGAAGUCGGAUGAAGAGAAGAUGCUGGCUAAGAUGGAUAACAAGAAAACCGCCCGCUCCAACAAGCUGAAGGUUGACAGUGGAUGGUACACGAAGGAAGCCAUGAAGAAGGAGGGCUUCCCGAAGCAGCGCAUAGCUGCUGUAGUGGCCUAUUGUUCGAAGAAGUCUCGCCGGGCCACGCACAUGAGGAGAGACAAAUACGAAAGAAAGGUAUGGGAAUAUUGGGUGGACACCAAGACCACGGGUACGUGGGAAAAGGAGGAGAAGGAGGAAAUUGUGGACCAUUCCCUGGUUGAGGGGAAGGGCAACACGCUUGUCCUCGGAGGUAUUGAGCCUGGCAUGCCCAUGGACCCUGAAAAUCAGCUAGAUGAGGAGGAUGAUGAGGAGGAGGAGAGUGAUGCCGGGUCAGACCUGGAGGAUGCAAAGCCUCCCUCUAGCAACAGGGGAUGCAAGCGUCGUGUGAAGGCCGAUGAGGUGGAGGAAGAGCGUGCUUUGGAGGCUAUCGAGAAUGUCUCCGACGUGUUGACCAACCUCCUGCGGGUGAGGACUAGGGUCGAGGGCACCAGUGACAAGCUGGAAGCCAGGAAGAGCAAGGAUCCAGAAGCAGCAAAAGUAGCUUUCCUGAAGUGUUGUACGUAUAAUGACAAACACAAACUGCACUUUAGCCAUGAAGAUCUGUGGAGAAACAGUGUACUCUGUGCAAACUUCAGGUGCCUGAAGAGCCUUGCCGAGCACCGCGAGAAACUCAUUACAUUGCAUGACGAGCUGGCAGAUCUGAAGAGCGACUUUGACGGAAAAGGUGAGCCCACUGAUAAGCAACUUGCCUUUAUAUAG